AUGGACAUGCUUCGAGUAGCGACAUCUGCACUCAACGAUACAAUGGAGAGGUCUACUGCAGAACACCGACUCUUGAACAGUCCAGACGAGGCUUUUGCCUUACUGACACGUGUCUUCGACGCACUCAAGCGGUCUGGUCGUGGUGUCACCCUACGCAUCUAUGGAGAUGACUCGAUGCACCAUCAAGUUCUGCUUGGCUUCAAAGGCAUCAGACUGCAUAGAGCAGAAUGCGAUAUCCGUCUCAAGCCGACAAUCGAGCCCUGUCUCAAGGCAGUCGCUUCAACCCAAUACAAUCUAAGCGGACUUUCUCUAGAUCUGCGAUCGAGGUAUAUGGACCCAUCCGAGAGACGAUUCCUCUUGGAUUCCAAUACGACCCCCUUCUCGGCACUCCAAUCUCUGUUCCUCAUAGUGCCUCCAGGGUAUCAUGUGUCGGGUAUGGAAACGCUACAUCAUGUUGUGUCCCAAGCCCAAUGUUUGCAGUCGUUCAAGGUCGACUUCGACACCACUAACCCGGCAUCUCAAACCGAGCGCCACAGGAGGGUAUUGAGUUCUGUUUCCAGUAACAGAUUGAGAAGGUUUUUUAUAAACAAAACCGCCGUUUCGUACGAUCAAUUGGUGGAUCUGGUAGGCCGGCACAGUAAUGGACUUGUUGUGCUGCAAAUCACUCACGUGGUCCUCGGAGGCGGAAUCUGGCCCCAAUUCUUUGAAUGGUUGAGGGAUAGCGUGCUGACCCUCCGGAGCAUGCAUAUUCAUGACUUGUCCGUAACGUCAGGGGACUUCGUACAGCCGCUCAUCAAUCAUCCUAGCACUACCAGAUGA